AUGGACUCGGAGACGAUUCCGGAGGGAAAGAGAGGGAAGGGACAGAGCCGCUGGCUGAAGCUGGCGCGGCGGCGGCUGCCGAUCCUGGCGUGGGCGCCGCGCUACUCGCGCCUGGCCGCGGCCGGCGACGCGGUGGCGGGCGUCACGCUGGGGCUCACGCUGGUGCCGCAGAGCAUCGCCUACGCCGCGCUGGCUGACCUGCCCGUGCAGUACGGCCUCUACACCUCCUUCGUCGGCACGAUCCUGUACAUGUUCCUGGGCACGGUGAAGGAGGUGUCGAUCGGGCCCACGAGCCUCAUGGCGCUGCUGACGCUGCAGGCCACGCGCGGGCUGCCCGUGGAGUUCGUGGUGCUGCUCGCCUUCCUGGCCGGCUGCGUCGUGCUGCUCAUGGGCCUGUUGCGCCUCGGCUUCAUGGUGGAGCUGAUCUCUGUGUCGGUGACGAGCGGGUUCACGUCGGCGACGGCGGUGAUCAUCGUGGCGGCGCAGCUGAAGGGCGCGCUGGGGCUGAGCUUCACGGCCGAGUCCGUGUUCGACAACCUGCAGCAGAUCGCGCUGCGCUGGCGCCACGUGCGCGCCGCCGACUGCGCGCUCGCCGCCGUCUGCUGCGCGGCGCUGCUGCUGCUGCGGAAGGUGAAGGACAUCAAGGUGAAGGACCCUCGCGUGGCGCGCGCGCUGUGGCUGCUGUCGAUCUCGCGCAACGCGCUGGUGGUGCUGGCGGCGUCCGUGUUCGCCUACUGCACCUACGACCCCGACAACCUGCUCGUCAAACUCUCAGGCAAGGUGGAGCCGGGGCUGCCGGCGCUGUCGCUGCCGCCGUUCAGCGCGCGGCUCGGCAACCACACGGCGCACUUCCCCGAGAUGGUGCGCCGCCUCGGGCCCUCCGUGCUCAUGAUGCCCGUCGUCAUGGUCAUCGCCAACAUCUCCAUCGCCAAGGCCUUCACGCCGGGCGGCCGCGUGGACGCGACGCAGGAGAUGGUGACCCUGGGGCUGGUGAACUGCGCGGGCUCGCUGUUCCGCGCCAUGCCGGCGUGCGGCGCCUUCACGCGCUCCGCCGUCGCGCACUCGUCCGGCGUGCGCUCGCCCGCCGCCGGCCUCUACGCCGGUAUCAUCACGCUGCUGGCCCUGAUAUUCAUGACGAAGUACUUCUACUUCAUCCCUAAGGCGUGUCUUUCGUCCGUGCUCAUCUGCGCCGUCGUAUUCAUGAUCGACGUGGGCAUCUGCGUGCGGCUGUGGCGGCAGAGCAAGCGCGAGCUGGUGGUGCUGGCGGUGACGUUCGCGGCGUCGGUGGCGGCCACCGUGGAGCUGGGCGUGCUGGCCGGCGUGCUGGCCGACCUGGCGCUGCUGCUGCACCAGCUCAUGCACCCCGCCGUCGCCACGCACCACGUCAAGGUAUCAGAAGCCUCUGCUCAUUUGCAAAACUCCACCGAAUAACCCUAACUCCCCUUCCUAUUUGAAAACACAGUUUAAACUUCUGAGUUCGACGCACGCACGUCAACUUCGUUCGUCCAACACGCUCCUUCUCUCCACUCCUUCCCACCGCACUGGUUUCCUCUCUAAUUCAUUUCUCCUCAAUUCCAUUCGCCUUUGGAACGCUCUUCCCGAGAACAUCAGGCAGGCUCCUAGUAAGUUUGUUUUCAAACACUCUGUGCGCAAACAUUUUCUUGAACGCAUCCUGUCGUCUUGA